AUGGAUCUUAGAGGCAAACUCGUUUCAAACAUCACCAUAAAAUCGGAUGGUAAUUUGUUCCAUGAGCUGUUAAGGUACAAACCCCACAAGAUUGCAGAAAUCUGUCCUGAAAAAGUCGAGCGGGUUGAUUUGGAGCGUGGCCAAUGGGGAACCGUUGGAUCAGUCAUCUGCUGGUACUAUACCAUUGAUGGAGAAAAGAAGAUAGCAAGAGAGGUGAUUGAGGCCAUAGACGAGCACAAGAAAUCGAUCACCUUUACAGUGAUGGAAGGAGAUCUGAUGCAUGCCUACACCACCUUCAAAUUAGUUGUCGACGUGGACACCAGUCGUGAUGGAGAGCACGUGGUAACGUGGACCCUAGUGUACGAGAAGAAGUCCCAAGCCGUGCCUGACCCACACCAGCUCAUGAACAUUGGUCUUGAUAUGAGCCGAGACAUUGAGCGCAGCCAUAUGCGUCUCGUUCCAAACUAA